UUUCAACAUUUAUCAAAUUAAAAAUCUUUCAUACAAUUCUCAUCAACUUGCUUGAAUUUUUGGUCGACUUGUUCUUUGCUUUCAGCUUCUUGUUCAAAUAAAUAUGUAAUCCUUAUCCACCUACUCUCUUACAAGCUUGUUUUCAUAUUUGGGUAAUCUUAAAAGAGAAAGCUUUUGCUAGAAAAUCUCAAAUUUUUCAUGGGUUGUUGUUUUAGUGUACAAAUUAAAGCUCAUGAGAGCCCUGUUCAUCAUACUAGCGAAGGAUCUGAGAAGGUUCCUUCAGAAAGAUUGAACAAAAGAUCAGAGGGAGAGAUUUUGCAAUCUUCAAAUUUGAAGAGCUUUUCCUACAAUGAUCUAUCAACAGCAACUCGAAAUUUUCAGCCUGAUAGUGUGCUGGGAGAAGGUGGGUUUGGUUGUGUGUACAAGGGUUGGAUUGAUGAGCAAACUUAUGCGCCUACUAAGCCACCUUCUGGAAUGGUUAUUGCUGUUAAGAGGCUUAAUCAUGAAGGAUGUCAGGGUCACAGUGAAUGGCUGACUGAAAUCAACUACUUGGGGCAAUUACGACACCGUAAUCUUGUGAACUUGAUAGGAUACUGCUUAGAGGAUGAACAUCGCCUCUUGGUAUACGAGUUCAUGCCAUGUGGCAGCUUGGAGAAUCUUUUGUUUAAGAAAUCAUCCUAUGGUGAGCCUUUAUCAUGGGAUCUUCGGAUGAAAAUCGUACUUGGUGCAGCCAAGGGACUUGCUUUCCUCCACAGUCCUAAGAUAAAAGUCAUCUAUCGAGAUUUUAAGCCGUCCAACAUACUCCUUGAUUCAGAUUUCGAGGCAAAGCUUUCUGAUUUCGGUUUGGCUAAAGAUGGGCCGUGUGAUGAUCAAGGUUAUGUUUCUACUAGAGUCAUGGGUACCCAUGGAUAUGCUGCUCCUGAAUAUAUUGCCACCGGUCACCUCACUCCAAAGAAUGACAUUUACAGUUUUGGGGUUGUUCUCCUAGAAGUAAUGACAGGAAAACGAGUGUUAGAUUCAAAUCGGGCUUGUACCGAGAGGGAUCUAGUUCAAUGGGCGAUGCCUUACCUUCGAAAAGAGAAAACACGCCAAAUCAUGGAUACAAGAAUCCAAGGGAAGUACUCCUCUAGAUCAGCAAAAGUCCUAGGCAACCUUGUUAUCCAAUGCCUGUCAAUGGACCCUAGAUUUAGGCCAAAUAUGACCGAGGUGGUUUCAACACUAGAGAAACUACAAGAAUGUAAGCCCAUUGUCGAUUUAUAUCCGCCUAAUCAUGAUUUAUACCCUAUAAAGGUCGAGGUAAAACAAAGUGUCGAUCGUCAAAAGGCAAGCCAUGGACCCAAAACUCGGAGAAGUCCCAUAGGUAACCAUAUUUGCAGAAGUGGUGGUACUACUCCCGAAGUUAAAUCACCUAUUGCACCUAUUCGUUGUUGACAACUAUACCACAACUACAUAAACGUCAAUCCUUAAUCCAACAAUAUGGUUUGGUCACACCUGUUCGUUGUUGAGAACUAUGCCACAAGAACUGCAACAACGUCAAAGCCUUAACCAACCAAUAUGAGUUCGGCUCAUGUUUUCGUUGUUGGCACGAAGAAAAUAAUAUUUAUCUCAAUUUUUCCCAACUUUCAUCAAAAGGAGAUGGAAAUUUUGAGUCCAUCUGUUAUGGCUUGGGUUAUAUAAGUUAGGUUAGAUUUCAUAAUAUGUUUAUUUCAGUGUAAAUGGGAUAAUUUUAGUAAUGGAGGUAUCAUCCUAUGCGUUGGCUGAUGAUUGUACAGUAAGUUUUUUUAUAAGUUAUUAACCUUGUAGAAUUCUAAGUGUUUUUAUAUCUUUGUUGGUUGAUAAAUGUCCCUCUGUUCAAUUGUAUAGGACUUUCACAUAAAGCUUUUUUAAUUCUAAUAUUACCUUCAUUUUGAAAUACUUGUAAUUAA